AUGGAAAGAGUCAGGAAGAUUUCAGAGACGUACCCUGUCUUUAAGAAUAUACAAAAUAUGACAAAUAAUCAAGUAAAGCCAGAAUACAUUCUUAUUGCGCUGGCAGCAGUAUUGCUUAUUACUCUGUUCUGUAAGACAGUAGCAGGUGCUAUUACAAAUGUUUUCAUGCUUAUACUCAUUAUAAACCCAUGCACUUCUCUUAUAAUUAGCAAAACAGCUCCUGAUGCAGGAACAAUGAAACACGUUCUAUCAUACUUACUGUGUGCUAUGAUGGUGGUUGCAGUAGAAUCUAUCCUUCGUGUGAUAAUUAGAAAGAUUCCAUUCUACUAUCAUGCCAAGUUUAUAUUCUUCUACUAUUUGUCAGUGCGGCGUACACAGCUUACAGAGUACAUAAACACAACAGUUAUAGUGGGAAUACAUGACGGAAUCCAGGAGAUAAACAAAGUUCAGCCAAAAGAUGUGAUAAAGGCAGCACAGAGUGCAGCCACUCAGAAAAUAAAAAAUACUAUUGAGAGGACUCAGGAAACAGAAUCUCCAAAAAAGGAGGAGUGAAUUGGUCUGGCUAUAUGAUGGAACAAUUUAUACCUAAAUAUAAAGUAUUGUUGGGUACAUGAAGGUGUGUCUAGUGAUAUUUAGCCAAGACAGUGCAUUAUGACAGGAAUAAACUAACUCUACUUUACAUAAGAAUACUCAUUGCUUAAUAAAUA